AUGUGGGAACAACGCAACCCUGUUUUCCAGGCAGAGAUCGAUCCAUCUAAAAAGACAAUUGUGGUUCUUGGUAGCGGUUGGGCAUCUACUUCUUUUUUGAAAGCAAUCGACACCGAUCAUUACAAUGUGGUUGUGGUAUCACCUCGAAACUACUUUCUAUUCACCCCACUUUUGCCAAGUUGUACAGUUGGUACCAUUGAUGUCCGUUCUCUCAUUGAGCCCGUAAGGUUUAUCACACGCCACAAGUCUCGAGAGGUGCGUGUGUAUGAAGCCGAGUGCACAGACAUUGACACUGACACAAAGACCAUCACAAUUACUGACAAUUCUGAUGUAAAAGGAGAAAAUUCAGUCAGUACUUUGGCAUACGAUUACUUGGUUAUCGGAGUGGGUGCGCAAAACCAGACGUUUGGUAUCAAGGGUGUCGAGCAGUACGGUUGUUUUCUAAAAGAAGUCUGGGAUGCCCAAAAGAUCCGUUCCAAGCUUAUGGACUGCAUCGAAACUGCUGCCUUUCCUGGGCAGAGUCCUGAAGAAAUCGAUCGUCUGUUGCACAUGGUCGUGGUUGGGGGUGGCCCAACUGGCGUAGAGUAUGCUGCCGAGCUACAUGACUUUUUGGUAGAUGAUCUUUCAUCCUGGUACCCAGAACUUGCUGGCAAGAUCAAAAUCACGUUGGUCGAAGCCCUUCUCAAUCUUCUGCCUGCGUUCUCCAAACAAUUGAUCGAGUACACCGAAUCGACCUUCAAAGAACAGAACAUUACCAUCCAUACCAAGACGAUGGUCAAGGAGGUCCGGGAAAAGGAUAUCGUGGUCCAGAAACCCGACGGAACUCCAGACACGAUUCCGUAUGGGUUGUUGGUCUGGGCAACCGGAAACACCACCCGCCCACUGAUCAAGAACCUGAUCGCAAGACUUCCCGAGACCCAGACCAUCCGCCGUGGGCUGGAGGUCGACGACUGGCUGCGACUCAAGGGAACCGAGGAAAUCUUUGCGCUCGGAGAUGCAACCGCAACAAAGUACGCGCCGACUGCCCAGGUCGCUGCCCAGCAGGGCAAGUAUCUUGCUCGGCUGUUCCAUCAGCUGGCCAUGCAGGAAUUGCUCCAGAACGAGGUCGGGUUGGCCAGCACCGACGCAGAAAAGGUGGCCAAGGAACGCAAGUUACGUAAAGUAAAAGACAUCAAGCCUUUCAAGUACUCUCAUCAAGGAUCAUUAUGCUACAUUGGAUCUGACAAGGCUAUUGCAGAUCUGCCUUUUGGACAAGGCAAUGUAUCUUCGGGUGGUGUUGCCACCUAUGCAUUCUGGCGUUCUGCCUAUAUUUCCAAUCUGUUUUCUAGCCGCAAUCGUGCAUUAGUGAUUACUGACUGGUUAAAGAAGACUGUCUUGGGUAGAGAUAUCUCGAGAGAAUAA